CCCCUUCAUCCCCACGACUCCUCUCCUUCUAUAUCUCUCUCUUCUGUUUCUUUUUUUUCCUCCAGAGUUGUUCAUCUCCUUCCCUCUCUAGAUCUGUCUCACACUGCAAAUGGCAGCUCUUGGGUUCAGCUCCUGUAAUUCAGCCUUGUUCUUGUUUGCAUUGAGCUUGGUUGCCUUCUUGCCCACCAGCUGCCAUGGUGACUAUGGAUGGCAGGGCGGCCACGCCACUUUCUACGGCGGCGGCGAUGCUUCCGGGACAAUGGGUGGAGCAUGUGGGUAUGGCAAUUUGUACAGCCAGGGGUAUGGCACACUCACUGCUGCACUUAGCACUGCGCUGUUCAAUGAUGGGCUGAGCUGUGGCUCGUGCUACGAGAUGAAGUGUAACGAUGACCCGAGAUGGUGCCUGCCGGGCUCGAUCACGGUCACUGCGACCAACUUCUGCCCGCCGAACUUCGGCUUGUCGAACAACAAUGGAGGGUGGUGCAACCCACCAUUGCAGCACUUUGACUUGGCUGAGCCUGCUUUCCUGCAGAUUGCCCAGUACAGGGCUGGAAUUGUGCCAGUAGCGUUCAGAAGGGUGCCAUGUGUGAAGAAAGGAGGAAUAAGGUUCACCGUUAAUGGCCACUCCUACUUCAACCUGGUUCUCAUCACCAAUGUUGGUGGCGCAGGGGAUGUCCACUCAGUGUCGAUCAAGGGCUCAAGAACUGGGUGGCAGCCCAUGUCAAGGAACUGGGGACAGAACUGGCAGAGCAACUCCUACCUCAAUGGCCAGUCCCUCUCCUUCCAAGUCACAACCAGUGAAGGCAGGACAGUCACCAGCUACAAUGUUGCACCAUCCAAUUGGCAAUUUGGCCAGACCUUUGAGGGAAGCCAAUUCUAGAGAGAGGGAGGCCAAUUCUAGAGAGAGAAAGCAAGAGAACCUUAAUUGAACCCUAAUUUUACUUUUUCACUCACUUGGGUCAAUGGUUGUAGGCACUUUGGGGGCUAUGAAUGCUGAGGUGCUUCCAAGCACCCGCUUAGCCUUAGUAUAACUAUAUAUGAGCAUAUAUAUAUGUUAUAUGUAUUUACAUAAAAGGCAUGCAUAUGUGUAUAUGAUUUUUCAUUUUUUUUUUUAUCUUGGUAAGAUUGAUUGUCCUUGAUGUGGUGAGAGAAAAGAGAAGUGUUGGGAAGUUUGUAAUGGCUAGUAAGCUUGUUAAUGGGGACCUUCUUUUAUGAAAGGGACCUAUUAAUUGGUACCUUCUUUUUAUGUAAGGCACCUUAUGCCAUAUUGAUGUACAAUUGUUUCAUGCAAUGUGAAAGAUGCUUGCUACUAUGCAAGGCUAUUGUUA